AUGGCCAACCAGACAGGCAAAAACUCGGCUGCUAUCGAGCGUCUCACACAGGUCUCGAGCCACCUCAAGUCGUCAGAAGUCGACUUGGCCCCAAAUCGCGAUGCCAUUCUUAAGAAGAGCCCUGAUGAUAUUGUCGUAACAGCAUGCCUGCGCACUCCCCUGACAAAGGGAGGCAAAGGAGGCUUCAAAGACACACCCGCCGCCGACCUUCUCCACGGAGCUUUCAAAGCAUUGAUUGAGCGAUCAAAGAUCGACCCUUCGCUGGUUGAGGAUAUCGCUGUUGGCAGUGUAUUGCCUCCUGGAGGCGGUGCUACUGAAUUCCGUGCUGCGGCUUUGGCUGCGGGUUUCCCUGAUAGCACUAGUGUGCACUCGUUGAACCGUCAAUGCAGUUCGGGUCUGCAGGCCUGUGUGGAGAUUGCCAAUGCUAUCAAGACUGGCAUGAUUGAGAUUGGUAUUGGUGCUGGUGUUGAGAGCAUGAGCAGCCAGUAUGGUCCUGGGGCUGUUACUGAGUUCUCGGAGCUGCUUGAGAGCCACAAGGAGGCUGCAAACUGCAAGGUCCCUAUGGGAGUUCUCUCCGAGCAGAUGGCCAAGGACCGCAACGUCACCCGCAAGGAUCAAGACGAGUUCGCCGCAUCCUCAUACGCCAAGGCCGUCGAGGCACAAAAGAAGGGACUCUUUGACGAGGAGAUGGUCCCUCUCAAGGUCAAGUGGACCGACCCCAAGACCAACGAGACCAAGGAGAUCACCGUCAGCAAGGAUGAUGGUGUCAGAGAGGGCGUGACAGCCCAGAGCCUGGGCAAGAUCCGUCCUGCCUUUGCAAAGGAUGGUUCCAUUCACGGUGGAAAUGCUUCCCAGAUCUCCGACGGUGCUGCCGCGGUACUGCUCAUGAAGCGCUCCACAGCCGAGAAGCUCGGCCAGCAGAUCCUCGGCAAGUACGUCGCCGCAUCCGUCGUUGGUGUGCCCCCAUUGCUCAUGGGUAUUGGCCCCUGGAAGGCCAUCCCCGUCGCUCUGGAAAAGGCCGGCAUCUCGAAGGAUGAUGUUGACAUCUGGGAGAUCAACGAGGCCUUUGCUUCGCAAUGUCUGUGGUGCGCCAAGGAGUUGCAGCUUCCCAUGGAGAAGAUCAACCCCAAGGGAGGUGCCAUCGCGUUUGGUCACCCUCUCGGCUGCACUGGUGCCAGACAGGUCAGCACUCUUCUCUACGAGCUGAGACGAAGAGGAGAGAAGGUCGGCGUGACCAGCAUGUGUGUGGGCACCGGAAUGGGCAUGGCUGCCGUCUGGGUCGCCGAGUAG